AUGCAAGAGGCCGACACAUCGCGAGGGCCGUCUAAGUCUCUGACGGAUCGGGUGAAGACGAACUGUUUAUCCAUGGCAGUCACGUUCCAGGAAGGGUUUACCUAUGUCAAAGCCUUUUUUGUUGGCCAGACAAAGAGGUUGACGGCGAAGAACGAGAAGGAAGCUACAGAUGCUCAACUAACAGAGACAAAAAUGCAAGUUGAAGCAACCGAUGAAGCAGAAAAUGCCAAGAAGAGGCUUCAUCAGUCUUCUUAA